AUGUUCUUGCAGGUGGCUGCUAUUCAAGGGGGUCCCGCUAUCCGUCAAUUUUGCUCCCUUAUCUUCAGCAGGCGAUCCCUGGACACGGAGACUGGCCUUCUGCACGGCAAGGACGUUGGCAUUGAACGUGCCCUCAAACUUUUCAAGAGUCUUGGAUCUCUCACGGGAAGGUCGAAUUACAACACCUUCAUCAUCCGGCUUGUCCAGUAUCACAUUGCCGAAACCGUCGACGACAGCAAGAUGGGUCGGAUCCGUGCCGACCCAAUUCAACUGAAUGAGGUUAUGGACAAGUUGGGAUGGUCUCAAGCGGAACGACCAAGAUUCCUCUACCAGCUUAAGCAAGGUCGGCUAUGGCGAUCUAUCUGCGGUCGUUUUACCGGGCUCUUAUCAGUCAUACCGUUGAGGGCAGAGGAACCGUACUGCUUAUCAGCAAAGGACUACCUCAGCAUGAAAACCAAUGAGAUGGAUAAAUUCAGACAACUGAUAGACACACCAUUUGUAGAGCGCAUCUGUCACGCCUGCAACGUAUUCCAAGACAUGGUCAUGGGGAUUAGGUGCGAUGGGGACUUCAAGUGGGAGAAGGAGCAGCCCGAACUCCGUAACUGGAGCAGCACUCUGGAUGAGAAUAGCCUGAUGUCCCUCCUACAGCCAGUCUCCAAUUGUGAGGAGAACAUCUACGAGCCAAUCCACCACUCGGACUGGCCAAAGCCUGCAGGAUGGCUGGCUGAUUGGCCAUGGCCUGCGCAUCCUCUCGCCGUGCCGCCGGCAGACCGGCAGUGCGACCUCUGCACCGAGAUACACUGCGCAUGCAUCCACGAAAGAUUGCAAGCCAAGAGACUCCGCAUCAAGCUUUACGCAAGGCAAGGCCUCGGUUUACAGGCAACAGAAGCGCAAGAAGGCAACGUAUCCUACCGGAAGGGCGACGUCAUCGGGCAGCUUUGCGGCGAACUUGUCCCUGCCGGGACAUAUCCGACCAACAGCAGCUUCGUGAUAGAAGUAGCUCGUCCCGAUAUCAGCGAUGAAACUGUCGUCUGCCAGAUAUACAUGGGAAAUGUUGGUAACUGCUUCCGGCUAUUAAACCAUUCCUGUCGCGCGUCUGCGCGGCUCCGGGUCAUCCGGGUUUCGGGCCAUUGGGUGUCAGCUGUUGAGGCUUUGAGGAGCAUUCGCCAUGGAGAGCAGAUCACGGUCAACUUUGGAAAACGGUUUUUGAGGAAUCAGGGGUUGCGGUGCGUAUGCGAUGCUUGCGAAUCUGUGUAG